UGACACUCGACUGUGAGUACUCGAAUGAGACGCAACUAAAACCGGACUAAAGACUAAAGUAUAACUUGCAAAGACUUUGUGACUAGGCCACGCUCCAUUUGCCCCACACACACACACACACGAGUGACGUCGCAACAUUGCGAUUACAAAAGCAUAAAACAAAAGUGAAAGUUGACACGUUUUGCGAUUGCAAAUACAAUAUUUUACCGGAACUGUAAUGGCAUCGGCAUUGACAAACCUGCUGCAAUCGCUGCGCAUUGGACCGUUGUCCUCAACCAGCAAAUCGAGCCCGAACGAUGUAAUAAUCAUACCCAAAGUGGAGAAGAUGAAAUCAAAGACUGAGCUCAUUGCGGUGCCUGAAAUCACACUGGAGGAGGUUGCCCAACAUGACAGCUUCGAUGAUUGCUGGAUUGUCAUCUACGAUCGCGUUUACGAUGUCACACAGUUCCUGCGCGAGCAUCCGGGUGGCGAUGACGUCAUCAUGGAUCAUGCUGGACGUGAUGCCACGAUCGCCUUCCAUGGCACUGGACACUCUCGACAUGCUGUCGAAAUGAUGCGCCAUUAUCUGAUAGGACAACUGCCGGACAUGCAAUGCAUCUUUAGAUCCGGCCAGAACAAGGUUCUCUCCUCGGGCAUACCAGAUUAAUUGAUCAGCAGUUGUGGCUGUAAACAUUUCCUCGCCGCCGUCCGAUCUAUGUGUUUUUUGUUUUGAUUCCUAUUUAUUUAGCGUAUAGUUGACUUAAGCUUUUAUAUUUGUAAUCUGUUGUACUGUCUGUUUUUCAUGAGCCCUUUUCAUGCCCAGUUAACAUCAGUUCGAUUACCUCUCUAUAUAUACUGCAGAGCUUUCGUAUAGUCGCCAUUAUUCACUUAGCUUGUAGAUAACACAGCUUUUGUACUUAAGUGCUAUUGCUCCGAAAUUAAAUGUCUAUUAUAUGAAUGCAUCAGCAA